CUAUCUCCACCGGCGAGCUUGAGCCCUAGAAGAUCCGUCCAAAAUGAAUCUCCCAAUUUCUCCGUUUCUGCCACUGCCGCGACGGAGCAGCAGCAUUCACCGCCGCUUUCCCACGGAGGUGCGGAAUCGGACGACAGCGGCCAAUCCCAUUGCCCAUCUCCUCUGCGUUUAUCGACGGAGAAAGUUCCGGAGAAGAGCUCCGCGGCUUCUUCAUCGCGAAACUCCAAUGUUUCUGUUCACAGUGCGAUUUUCCCAAUUUCAACAAUCAAUAAAAAUUUAGAUAAUCUUCCAGUUUCUGCUCACAACGAUCGCGAAGAAUCUCCAAGACAAUCCCGUAAUUCAGAUCCAGAAGAGCAGUUCCCUUCUUCUCCUUGCUUAUCUCCGCUCUCAGAUGGAAUUUUAGGGCAAAUUCAGAUUCAAUUACCCAAAGUUUCAAACAUUCCCGAUUCGGAUUCCGAUGCAAAACUUAAGCAAUUUUCUUACUCAUUUACUUCAUCUUCAGCUUCGUCAUCGCCGGAGAGAGUAGUCUUGGACUCGUCUCCGUCAAGAGCAUCCAAUAUUUCAGAUCAAAACAGGUCACCUCCAUUAUCACCGGAGAGAAUUUUGCUGAGUGAUUCAGAUACAUCGAAGAGAACCUCCGGCCAUUUUGAUCAAAGAAACCUGCAGCCCCCUUCAGGUUCAUCCGCCCCUCCUCCGCCACCGCCUCCUCCGCCGCCGCCACCACUGGCACCCCCUCUGCCAGUCCGGUGGGAAAUCCCCAUUUCUCCUUCAACACCAAUGGACCAAUCAAUUUCAAGGGCGCCUCCUCCAUUAGUGCCACCUUUAAGGCCGUUUAUAAUGGAGAAUGUGAAAAAUGUCUCACCCAUUCAGUUGCCAUCCUGCAAAAGCAAUAGUGAAGCAUCUGGAGACACCCCCAAGCCCAAAUUGAAGCCAUUGCAUUGGGACAAAGUAAGGGCCAGCUCUGAUCGUGAGAUGGUGUGGGAUCAACUCAGAUCAAGCUCUUUUAAAGUGAACGAGGAAAUGAUUGAAACUCUUUUCAUUGUGAACACUUCCAACUCGAAGGAGACUACACCUCGCCCUGUGCUUCCUAUACCUAACCAAGAGAUUGGAGUUCUUGAUCCCAAAAAGUCACAGAACAUUGCAAUCGCACUACGAGCGCUGAAUGUGACUCUAGAAGAAGUUUGCGAUGCCCUUUUAGAAGGUAAUGCAGAUGCACUUGGAACAGAGCUACUUGAAAGUUUAUUGAAGAUGGCACCAACAAAAGAAGAAGAACGUAAACUUAAGGAAUGCAAAGAUGUUUCGCCUACCAAGCUUGGCCCUGCUGAGAAAUUUUUAAAGGCAGUCCUUGAUGUUCCCUUUGCAUUUAAAAGGGUGGAUGCGAUGCUAUAUGUGGCAAAUUUCGAGUCCGAGACCGAGUACCUAAAGAAGUCGUUUGAAAAUCUGGAGACUGCCUGUGAAGAAUUGAGGAACAGCAGAAUGUUCUUGAAACUUUUGGAAGCUGUUCUCAAGACCGGGAAUCGCAUGAACGUUGGCACUAACCGUGGGGAUGCCCAUGCCUUCAAACUUGACACACUUCUGAAGCUUGUCGAUGUCAAGGGUGCAGAUGGAAAGACCACUCUUCUGCAUUUUGUCGUACAAGAAAUCAUAAGAAGUGAAGGGGCUCGUCUUUGUGGCACGAGUCAAACUCCAAACUCCAACCUCAGCGACGAUGUCAAAUGCAGGAAACUCGGCCUGCAAGUUGUUUCUGGUCUCAGCUCGGAGCUUGCCAACGUAAAGAAGGCAGCUUCAAUGGAUUCCGACGUGCUCAGCGGCGAGGUCCUCAAGCUCUCGAGAGGACUCAACAACAUUAGGGAGGCUCUGCGUUUAAACGAAGCAGCCGGGCCAAACGAAAGCACAGAAAAGUUCUCAGAGUCAAUGGGCAGAUUCUUGAAAAUGGCAGAGGAGGAGAUCAUAAGAAUCCAAGCCCAUGAAAGUGUUGCUUUAUCUCUAGUAAAGGAGAUCACAGAGUACUUCCAUGGCAACUCUGCAAAAGAAGAAGCUCACCCAUUCAGAAUUUUCAUGGUGGUGCGAGAUUUUCUGACAACCCUGGAUGGAGUCUGCAAGGAAGUCGGGAUGAUAAACGAGCGGACGAUCGUAAGUUCCGCCCAUAAAUUUCCAGUUCCAGUGAAUCCAACAUUACCACAAGCAUUCCAAGCUCAUCAUAGAGUGCAGAAAUACAACUCAUCUGAUGAAGAAAGUGAAGAAUAAUAGGCAUAGGAGCUUGUGGUGGGGGUAAAAUAUGAUGAUCAGGUAGCUUUUUUUUUUUUUGGUUUUAGCUGUGUUUUGCUUCUAGAAAUUGUGUGGAAGUUGCUGGUUUGAAGAGGGAGAGUAAAUUCCACUUGCUCCUCAAUUUCUACUUGUGUAAAUGCCAUGUAAAAGAUUUUGAAUUGAGUUUAUAUAAAGAAAUGAUAUGAUACCAAGUGAAAUGAAGUUCCCCAUGCUUCUUCUCUCAA